UGUAGGGUUUCACUAAGUAGACAAAGAUGGGUUUGGUGACCAAGGCUAUCAUCUUGAUCUGCAUGGUCGUAUGUCUAAUUUCAGUUGCCGAUGCCAUUUCCGGCCAAGCAACCAUAUUCAAUCCGCCUUAUGCUCCAUCAACCUGUUUUGGUUCACAAGACAAAGGUGUUAUGAUUUCAAAAGCGCAUAGUGGCUUGUUUGCCAAUGGAUCUGCGUGCGGGAGAAGGUACCGAGUUCAUUGUAUCAGUGGAACCAACAAAGCCAUUCGGAAUGCAUGCACGGGAAAUAGUGUCGAUGUCAUGGUUAUAGACCGUUGCAACAUGUGUGCAGUGAACCAACUUGAACUUUCGGAAGAGGCCUUUGCAAAGAUUGCUCGUGUUGAAUUGGGAAGAGUUAACGUCGAAUACGAACAGUACCUAUACUUCAAACUCUUCUCUUCUUUUUCGUGCUUAUCGUUUUCAUAUGACUUUCUACUGAUUGCGAUUUCUUGUGGUUGUUUUCAGGAUCUGAUUCUACAAAACGAAGCAUUUUAG